AUGCCUAAUCACGCAACUCUGCCACCCUCCUCCGUGCCCGAUAACCCUGUUACCUUAUCUGAUCCCCACGUGGGACCGGAUGAGCAUGCACCAGGCGUAUGGGCUGCCCAUGUAAAGACCCUGCCAUGGAUCACUGCGCGAAAGAGCACCUUCAUCAAAUCAGACUUUCUCGGAUUCCUUCGGACUAUGGAGCCUCGCCGUGAGCCUACCCUACGGACUGGCAGCGAGUGGAAUGCUGAGAGUUUUGACAAGCUGGUUGGGUCCAGUAUUUCGAACGCGGAAGGCAUCUACAUGCAGAUGGUUGGACGACGGGCCGAGGAGGAAUGCACCCACUGUCAACAAGAAGAGGGGCCAUUCCCCUACUGCGUUGUCAUCGACUCACCCCGUUGGCCAAAAGAGUGUGCUAACUGCCACUGGGGCGGGAAUGCCCGUCAAUGCUCUCAGUUCAUUGAACAAAGUAGCCAAGACCCACGGCCCAUCGUCCCACACGCCAGUUUUCAUCAGUCAGCGCCCUCUCUCGAUAACCAAGCCUUGGUUCGCCAGCGGGCGAGUGACCGUCAACUUUUCCUUCUCGAGCUUCUUCGCCUGCACGCAAUGAUUACCGAUAUUCGCACCACCACUACCUAUACUCGCCAGGCUGCAAACGAUAACAUUGCGGCAUGGAGAAGCGUACGUGAAACGGUUCGAGUAGUACGAUCUCGCCUGAGUUCUGGAAAUGCUGUCCACACCUCAGAAGUUCGACGGGUCCGGGCACAGGUCCUAGCUGGAGUCGGUCGAGGUCAUACCAUUCAAAAUGCGGAACAGGAGGUUGCACAGUACACCCAGGAUCUGCAAAACGCAAUCGAGGAUGUCAUUCGCCAGUAUAUCUAG